GGACGAGCUGCCAGAUCGAGUAAUAUUGUGGGGUGGCUACCUUCGGACUGGAUGGCAAACUUUGGGCCAGGUGUUCAAAACAAACGUGCACGUUGUUAAACGAGAAAACAAUAAAUAAAAAAUAAUAAUAUUACAAAAAAUGAGCGACAAUGAAGAUGAAGGACAGACAAAGCAGAGCACUGAGCCCGUGGACAAUGCUUGGGCACUAAAAAUACCCACGUUCAAAGAAGCAGACAAUCCGCAUGGUCUCGUCGAAGAAAGUUCGUUUGCCACACUUUUUCCCAAAUAUCGUGAAAAGUAUUUAAAAGAAGUGUGGCCACUGGUGGAACAAUGUGUGGCCGAGCAUCACUUGCGGGCGGAAUUGGAUCUGAUGGAGGGCAGCAUGGUGGUGAAGACAACUCGUAAAACCUGGGAUCCAUAUAUCAUCAUUAAAUCUCGGGACAUGAUCAAACUUAUGGCACGCAGUGUGCCCUUCGAGCAGGCAAAAAGGGUGCUCCAAGAUGACGUCGGCUGUGAUAUCAUCAAAAUUGGCAAUUUGGUGCACAAAAAGGAGAAGUUUGUGAAGCGGCGACAGCGUUUAAUUGGUCCCAAUGGAGCGACAUUGAAAUCCAUUGAAUUGCUAACGGAUUGUUAUGUGUUGGUCCAGGGAAAUACGGUGUCGGCAUUGGGACCCUACAAGGGCCUUCAACAAGUGCGUGACAUUGUGCUGGAGACGAUGAACAAUGUUCAUCCCAUUUACAAUAUUAAAGCACUUAUGAUCAAGCGCGAACUGAUGAAGGAUCCCAAAUUGGCCAAUGAGGAUUGGUCGCGUUUCUUGCCCAAGUUCAAGAACAAAAACAUUAGCAAACGCAAGCAGCCCAAGGUUAAGAAAUCCAAAAAGGAAUAUACACCGUUCCCGCCCGCACAGCCGGAGAGUAAGAUUGACAAGCAACUGGCGUCGGGUGAAUACUUCCUCAACCAGGAGCAGAAACAGGCCAAGAGGCAGCAGGAGCGCAGUGCCAAGCAGGCGGAGGCAGCCAAGAAACAGGACGAACGUCGCAACAAGGACUUUGUGCCGCCAACCGAAGAUGCUCCCAGUUCUUCGAGUCGCAAGCGUCAAAGCGAGGACUCCAAAGUCGAUGUCAAUGCGUUGAAGGCGAAGCUGCUAAAGGCCAACAAGAAGAACAAGAGUUAAAUCAUCAAAGUUGCUUUAAGUUAGUUAAUAGGUGUAAACAUUUCUUUGAUAACAAUAAACACUGUGCUCGCAU